GCAGCCUGCUGAGGGAGAGAGAGGGGAAGAGAGUGAAUGAACAGUUAGAACCAUUGGAAUGUUGAUAUAAAUGAGAGUGUGUAGAGAUCUAGAAGAUUAGAUCCACGUCAGACUUUUGUUUUAUUCAGAGGUUUGGCUUCCUGCCCUCUGUUCAGGCAAUAAAUUGGCUGUAUCAGAGCUGCUUCUAGCAUUCUGUUCAGUAGAAGUAUCCCAGCAGAGACAAAACCACACAAAAUAAGGACUUGAAAAGGAAGUCAAGUGAGAUCAUUGUCAUCAGAUUUCUUCAGCUCCUCCACAAUGCUGCUCCGCUCAGGCCGUAGAAAGCCCUAUCAAAUGCCUCCCCGUAGAAGGCAGUCUGUGAAGAAGAAAUUUCUGCUUAGAACGAUGAGAACAGCUGCUGGAAAGUCAGCGUUUAGCCUGCGAGAAACAUUGAAAUGUUAUAUACUAACUGAAGAUUCAAAAACAGUGCAUUUUGAUAUAGAUGAAGAUGGUCAUCAUGAAAUAUGUACCAAGGAUUCACAAUCCCAUGAAGAUAUUGCGUGGUUAAGCAUGUUCACAAGGACUGAAGCAGCAGAUUCUAACAAUUUGGUGAGCCUCACACAGAGAUCAAAGCUUAAUGAAUUUGUCCUGUUGUGCAAGGGUAAGAAGCAUCUCUCUCUGAAGGUCUUAAAAGCAUCCUGUUCAGAGCCAGAUGGUCCUUUAGUGGAGAGAUGUAAAAGGAAAACUUGCGGCCAUGAAGAUCCUGACUUUAAACAGCUGAGUGAAGAUAAUAACUUCUUCAUCAUGCAUUGCGAAGGAGAUUCAGUGCAGUUCCAAUGCUACGAAGAUAGAAGGUACUAUCUGUGUGUGAAUGAUGACUCACUUGACAUUCGCAAGCUGGAAAACAAAGAGCCCAAUGAGGACAAAAAUUUCUACUUCAGGGUGUCACUCUUACAAGAGAAGUAACUUUUCAGUAGCCUAAAUGCCCAUACAGUUCCUACGAAGAUGAGGAAGUUUGAGAUCAACUAAUUAAUGUUUGAGCAGAAUUUUUACAUUUUCAUAAUUUCUAAGUCACCAACACCCUUCAUUUCUGUACAUUCAAUAGGAAAAGAGGAAGGUCAUGUUUGAAAAACAUACUAGCUGAUCAGUCUCUGUGUCUUACCUACCAAUUAUGUUUUUAAGGAAACAAAAUAUUCUAGUGUGGGAAAAUAUACGGGGGAUAUUUCAAAGAUGGCAACAAUAAGGACCAUAUAUGAAUAUGAUCAUAAACUGUGCUAUUAGCUCUACAUGUGGUAAACAUUUUACUUUUUAAAAACUGUUUCUUAUAAGCUCACCUGAAUAUGACAAGGAAACUUUCAGAAGUUGUUAAAUGCAUGUGUGCAUAUCCUGACUGACUGACUUGGAGAAAGAGUCAGAAAAGGUGUCUUGACUCUAUCUGAGAAUAAGGGAAGAUGCUGGAAGCUGGAAGAUGCGUCUGCGGCUGUAGCUCCAAGCCAGCCCAUAUAGUCCAUUAUGCAAUUUCAGCAUCUCUGCAGCAUGGCAGCUCUCUAAGAAAAUGUACACAGAGCCUCAGAUGCACAAUGUGCAGGCAGAGGGAGGGAGGCACGUUGAACUGAUGUGCCAUAACAAAUGCCUGCAAACACAGCAGAAAAUUGCUCUGACAUGUUGGCUUCCACUUCUGAGUCAUAGAGGGAAACACAAUCACAUGUUCAAUUGCAAAGCAGAGUGCAGAACAACAUCAGAAAAACAAUAAUGUUCAAAAUUACUCAAUGGAACAAACACUAAGUGCUUAUGUGGGAUACACUGGAGGAGACAUACGAGUACUUACCUUUCAGCAAGAGGGUCUGUCAGUGUCAAAUGGAAGAUGUUGACACUUGAAUGUCCAUAGACCAUGCCCUGCAUGAAAUUCAUGAGAAAACAACCUGAAAGUUAUUAGGAUCACUAAGUGUUAAAGAUCUGGUAUAUUGCUGUACAUGGAAUUCCACCCUGAUUUAGUGGCAAUUUUCUGCGAUGCAAGUAACUUUGAGACUGUAUGUGUAUAAUGAUAGACAUGAUGCACCUACGCCAAGAGGCUGCUGCUUAGUUGCAACAAAACAGGCUACAAGAUAACACACUUGCAAGAAUAGUCCUGUGCAAAUAUAAUAACCAAUGCACUCCUGAAAUAAGAAUCCUAACAUCAGUCAGUCAAUCACACCAAUGCACAUUGCAAUAAUGCAAUUUUUUGUUGUAUACUAAACUCCAAAGGUCUGUGAGACUUUAAAAGACUUCACAACUUGCUUUCUUCAAAUAACGAAAAUCUUUAUGUUGGUUUUAAUGCUCACUGAAGAGAACUUUUAAGUAUUUUCUAAAUAAUACCUACAACCUCUGAACCUGCCAAGAGUUCAAUAAACUGCCAGGAGUUAACAUGAAGAAAAAAACCCCAAAACUCUAGAUAUUAAUUUCAGAUCUUAUUACACAAGAAUCAAGUCAAGUUAAACUAAAGAUGUUGCAUGAGAAAUAGAUUCAUAUGAAGUACAUUAAUUUUACUAUCUGAAACACUAACACUUCGUAGUCAUACAUUUAUUAUUGGUAGUGUAAUCACCUCACUAAAUUACAGAAUGUGCUAGAUAGCAAGCUGAUGAAAAGACAAGUCAAAACAAAGCUUGUACAAAGCAUAUUAAUGAAAUCAGCAUUGCUCAUAUCAUCACAAAAGUAUCAUUAACCUCUGUUAAAUUUGAAUCUGUUGUAUAGUUAAAAUUUGAAUUACGAUUAUAUGCAGAAUUUUAUACUUUUACCAUGUGCCAUCUUAAUUUUUUUAACUAUUCAAGGGAAAAUAAGCCCUUAUGGAAUGCAGCAGUAGGAAUUUUGUAAACUUUAGGAUUUGAUAUCUAAAGUAGUAAUAUAAUUUGACUUCUUUUCUCAUAAAACACAGUAAAAUCAGACAACUACAUAACUCUUAAUGUGCAUAGUAAAUCAAGUUAAAAAUUCUCUAACCUAAUCUUUGCUGGAGUCUUAUUUUGAUCAUAAAAUCCCUUCAAACUGACAUUUUCCAGUUCCCACUAACCUAGGUGUCUUGUGAGUGGCAGAUAAGUUUUUAAUAUGUGAGGUGGGAAUCAUAUAGAAAUUUUAUUUUAAAAGAUAAAAUGAAAGCCAUUUCAGAAUGGCUUUCAUUUUUAGUCUUUCAGAAAAAUAUAGUUUCAAGCAUUUUACAAUAUAAUCCAAUGUGUCUAACAUUUGAAUAUGAAAUAUAAUUAGUAUUUUGCUGUUUAAAACAACAAUUAUAUUCUUUAACUUUCAUUUAACAGAUGUGAUAAUUAUUAAAAUAAUAAUAUAGA